GAGCGCAGCGCAGUUCAGCAGUUUAUUAUUAUCUGUUUUUAUAAUUUUAACACACCAAUCAAAUAAUUAAAUUGUGCACUAAAUAUGGAUUUCAAUGAAUUUCGCAGCUUUGGAAAUGGUGCCAUAGAUCUUAUAAUCCGCUAUUUACAAACCAUUCGUGAACGGAAUGUACUUCCAUCAACAGAGCCAAGAUCGAUUAUUCACACUUUGCCCGAUGAAAUGCCAGAGCAUGCCGAACACUGGCAGCACAUACUGAAUGAUUUAGAGAAUAUCUUAAUACCAGCCUUAACGCAUUGGCAAUCUCCACAUUUUCAUGCGUUCUACCCAUCCAGUUCAUCGAUGGGAUCUAUAAUUGGAGAGUUACUCAUAGCGGGUAUAGGCGUUUUGGGUUUUAAUUGGGCUUCCAGCCCAGCUUGCACCGAACUAGAAAUGGUCGUGUUGGAUUGGCUUGUGAAGUUUCUUCAGUUACCACAACAUUUCAAACAUUCAACUGAAGGUCCCGGGGGUGGAGUAAUUCAGGGUUCAGCUAGUGAGUCAGUUUUGGUUUCUGUGAUAGCAGCACGAGAGCAAAUGGUGCGACGAAUAAAAUCGGAGCACCCCGAAAUGAGUGAAAGUGACAUACGAGGCAAAUUGGUGGGCUAUGCAAGCGACCAGAGCAAUAGCUGUGUAGAAAAAGCGGGCAUAUUAGCAGCUAUACCAAUCAAAUUAUUGCCAACCAAGGAAGAUUGUGUACUGCGUGCAGAAGAACUCGUAGCAGCACUGAAAGAAGAUUUAUCAAGCGGACGAAUACCAACAAUAUGCAUAGCUACACUGGGCACAACCGGCACCUGUGCUUAUGAUGACAUUACAGCGCUAGCUUCAUUCUGCCAGCGUUAUAAAAUUUGGUUGCACGUGGAUGCGGCAUAUGCAGGUGCUGCUUUGGCAUUAGAUGAAUAUAAGCAUUUACGACAAGGAUUAGAUGAUAUUGAUUCUCUGAACAUAAAUUUGCACAAAUUACUUUUGGUUAAUUAUGAUUGCGCUGUUCUGUGGCUUAAAGAUGCAAGCAAACUUGUAAAAGCAUUCCAAGUGAACCGUAUAUAUCUGCAAAAUAAUCAAAAACUAGACAACGAACUGCCAGAUUUCCGAAAUUGGCAAAUUUCAUUGGGCAGACGCUUUCGUGCACUUAAGGCCUGGAUAACUUUCCGAUCGGUGGGCGCAGAAGGACUACGAAUGAGUCUACGAAAACAUAUAGAACUGUCAGAGCGGUUCGAAAAAUAUAUUCUAGCUGACAAUCGCUUUGAACUAGUGGCCAAACGUACGCUCGGUAUUGUUUGUUUUAGGGUUAAAGGUGAUAACGAAUUGACCACCCAGUUACUACAACGUAUAUUGGAGAACAAAAAGCUGUAUAUGGUGCAAGCAGUUCAGGGAGAAAAAUUGUUUCUGCGUUUCGUUAUUUGUGGAAUGGAUACGAAAAAGGAGGAUAUUGAUUUUGCUUGGUACGAAAUUCGAACUAAACUAACUGAAUUGUUCGAGAAGCUAGGGGAACCUGAAUGCAAGGAAAGAAAGAGUAAAAUGUACGUGGAAGCUAUAAGCAAACAAAUAUCCUUUAAUCUUCAUGAUGGAAAUGUUCUUAGUAUCUCUGAAAAAUCUAAAUAAUAACA